AUGUUCUCAGGCUCCGGCUUCGCUUUCCGAUUCACUCGGCCUCCCUAUCUCAACUUCAACCCUUUUAAUUCGACAGAUACCUUGGUUCCAGAUGAUACAGAUGACCUACUCUCCUCUCCUGUUUACCAGCAGCACAUUCAGACCUAUCUGGCUGAGCAUCCAGAGACUGGUUCUAUCACCAUCCGACGGAUGCUGGGCCUCAUCAACAGUUCAUUUUUUGAGAUGAUGGAUAAUCUUAAAGAAGUAAAUUUGUUUCCUACGUUCGUAUCUCUCUUCCUGAUUAUGUCCCCUCUUAGCUCCACAUAUUUAGCUUCAUACACUAUUCAAAAUAUUCCAACCAUUUCUAUUAGUUCCACUUCUUGA